AUGGCUCCCAACUUUGAUGCAAUGACUCUCGUCGAAAUCCGUCAAUUCUUGCGAGAUUCCUCCAUUCGUAUAUCAGCCCGCGCACGUAGGGCAGACCUCCUGCAAAUUGCGAAAGCGUACGGUUUCACAAGCGACGACGUGCCCAAAGACGAAGGCGUUCGACUGGCCAUGACCUCUUCAGGACAGCCGAAAGCAUCGAUUAAAAAAGGCAACACGAAGCCGGCAAAGACGUCGGGCGGGAUGACAUUCGAUGACCCGCUCCGAAACAUUCCCGUCCAGAGCGACGAUAUCUCGUACGUGCAGGUAAACUUCAGUCCGACCUCCCUCACCAUCGCGAAGCUGCGUAACAUCUUGGCAGCCCACGAGGUGUCAUACGCCACGGCCAAGACGAAGAAGGACUUUAUCCAGCUAUUCCUAUCUAACAUCAAGCCGCGGGCUGCAGCAAUCAUCAAAGCCAUGGCCGCAGUCAAGAGAACAGAUGCAGGAAUCAUUGACAUGAGACCAUGA